AUGAAUACAUCCUGGCUCACCUCAGCCGGCACCCUGCCUCACUUACCGGCUGGAUACAACGUUGUCGGGAUGCCUUGCUCAAGAACCUCAACCCCUGAAAGUACCGAUCUCAGUGCAGAGUCAGUCAUGGAUUCCUCGCAGUCCUCUGACGGAUGUGAGUCCGUCAUACCACCCAGGAGUCCAGCCGAACCACUUAAGGUCGCUAUUACCAUCAACGCAUGGGAGUUUAAUGCGAUGCGUCUGGCAAAUGACCCCGUUUUCCUUGCACGCCAGUGGUUUUCCGACAUUGAGGUAGGCCCUGAUCAGCGCUGGUGGCGGGACAUGUUCGAUCGCGUUGCCUUCCACCAUCUGCAAGGCCCGAUGGUUCUUUGCGAAAGCGAAGCAGAGCAAGUAGCUUUCGAGAGAUAUGAGGCUUUCGUUGACUGGGGCUCACGUUGA